GUGCCACAUUACAGGUAUAUAAGAGUGUCACACCAACCUGUUCUUUGUCUGUCCCUCUGCCACCCUCUGCCAAAACACAGAUGGGCGGCAAGGCACGAUGGAGAAAGCUGCAGCGUGUGGUCGGGUGCCUGCCGCAGGGCCCCCACGCUGCCAUGGACAAGCACAAGCAGAGGAGGGAGAGAGCAAAGACAAGGGACGCCAAGAGGUGGAGGCUGGGCGACGACGUAGAGGAAGAGGAGGAUGCAAACACUAUACUGAUCGGGAAGCCAAAGGAAAGGAAGAAGGAGGAAAAGGGGAAGGAAGAAGAGAGAAGGGAGGGGGAGGAGGAGGAUACAAACAUUAUACAGAUCGGGAAGGCAAAGGAAAGGAAGAAGGAGGAAGAGAGGAAGGAAGAAGAGAGAAGGGAGGAGGAUUCAGACACUAUACAGAUCGGGGAGACAAAGGAAAGGAAGAAGGAGGAAGAGAUGACGGAAGAGGAGAGGAGGGAGGUAACGGUAGUAGUUGCCAUACCGAUCAGGGAGAGAAAAGAGAGGAAGAAGGAGGAAAUGAGGGAGAAGGAAAGGGGGAAGGAGGAAGAGGAACUAGAUGUCGUACCAAUCGGGAAAACAAGAGAGAGGAGGAAGAAGGAAGAGAGAAAGGAAACUGAGGAUUUGGAUAACGGAACCUCAGAAGAAACUAAAAUGGAAGAAGAAAGGAAGGAAAAUGAGAAAAUAGAAUCUGUACCGAUCAAGAAAAUCAAAGAAAGGAGAAAGGAAGAAGAGAGAGAGGAAGUGGUGGAAUCAUAUAACAUAAAAAUCGAAUCUUCAAAGGAAAAUAAGAAGGAAGAAGAAAGGAUGGAAGUAAAGGAAGGAGCAAAGGGAAAGAGAAAGGAAGAGAAGGAGGAAAAAGAGAGGAAGGAAGUGAAGGAAACAGAUACCACAACGAUCGAAACCUCAAAGGAUAUUAAAAAGGAUGAGAGGAAGGAUCGGAAGGAACAAAGGACUAAGAAAAAGGAUAAAACGGAGGGUGAAGAGAAGAAGAAGAUGGAGGACUCAACCACAAAGACGAGAAGAGCAAAGAAUGGGGAGGGAGAAGAGAAGAGAAAGGAGCAUGAAGCAGACUCGAUAAAUGCAGGGAAAGCAAAGAAAAUGAAGACAGGAAAGGAAACCGAGAAUGAAGAAACGGCAGACACAAAGCUAAAGGGGAAACCAAAGGAAAAACAGGAAGACGAAAGGUGGAAGAAGCAAGAGGAGUCAAUAAAGCAGGAAAACAGAGAAGAAAACGAGGGGGAAGAUAAUUUAAGGUAUCAGGAGGAGGAAGAUUCAGAUGUUAUACCUGGCGAAGGAACGGUGAAAAGGGGAAAGGAAGAAGAGAAGCAGAAAGCAUGGGUGAGGAAAAGCAAGAGGGAUGAAAACCACGAAGAGCCACACAAACACCAGGAGGAAAGAGAAACAGAGGAAAAGGAGGAGGAGGAAAAAGAAAUGAAGCACGAAAAGGAGGAGGUGGUGCAGAAGUUCGAGAAGAUGAAGGAAGGGAAAGAGGAGGAGGUGGAAGAAGAGGCAGAGGAAGUAUAUUCAAGCGAGAGGGAAAGAUUAUUCAUAGAGCAGGAGGCCGUCAGUGAAGUCGUGGAGAACCGGGCUGGGGUGUGGACGCCAUCCCUGACCGGCUGGGUGUUUCGGCCCUACGGCGACACCACUCUGGAGGAGGAACUGAGGAAGGCACAAGAGGAGGAAGAUGGAGACGAAAAAACGAAAGGAAGACAUGAUAACGGCCAGCGGGCAGCCAAGUUCUUCCUUUCAGAUGACGAGAGCGACAGCGACACAGCCAUCUUCGUCGACGUCUCCCAGCCGGCCCUCAUGGAGGAUCAGAACCUCCAACUUUCUGUGGCGCCGUGCUCUUCGUCCCUGGCCCACCGCGAGGCACAGCCGGACGAGAUGCUUGGGACGCCCUUAGAAUCACCUCUUCGGCCAACGGAGGAAACCACUCAAGAAGACGAGGACGUGGAGUUGGUGUUGGGAGAUGCGAUCGAGGAAGAUUACGCCUCCGAGACCGUGGAUCCACUGGCAACUGUUAGCACUAUGGAGGCUGUCAUGACCGAGUGCCCACGCUACGGUUCUCCUCAGCUCGAUUAUCCAUUUCAGUUUUAUCAUGCCGAGGCUCUACCUCGUGUUAUUAGUGUGGAUCCUCCCACCGAGUCAGCCAAGAUGAAGUAUAUCAACCCUCAGCCCCUUAGCUUGGACAAGGCGGACGAGAGUAUCACUAAGGAAUCAAAGAAGAGUAGAACAAGCCAUGAAGAAAGCGUCAGGGAGAGCAUGGUGACAAUGGAGGCGGAAGAAGAGAAUGCCACAAAACACAAAGUCUACCUUGAAGUAGAACCAGAAUUGUUUUCCUCGCCCAGCGCCUUCAUGCCCAGGGAGGAGGCACCCCCGGCCAUGAACUGUGACAUAGGCCCAGAGGACCUUCCGUGGUCAGACCCAGAAGAACUCCAGGAAGCUAAAGAUGCAAGAUACAUCUGCGACAGUGAGGCCGAGACUCGAUUUUUCAGUCUGUACCCCGAGUACUAUCCCAACGAACGGGAGAAGAAUCAGAACGCAGGAAAUGACGCCAUUACUUACGGUAAUCCAAAAUUUCCUUGUUUCAGCGGUUCCUGUGACUCAGAGGAAGCUGCUGAUGAGGAAGUGUACAUGGCCGCUCAAGAGGGCGGCGUCAAGGACGGAGUGAAGCGUCAUAAAGGGAAAUUCCCAAAAAUUCAUCACAGACUUGCACCGCAACGGAAGACGAAGCAUGAGGCUCAAAAUGUUACCGGAGUUAAGGAAGACCACACGGAGAGCGAGAUGGGUCAAUCAUACAGCACCAGCCUCCCUUGUGACGCCUCAGGGAGUAGCUCGGAGCCUCUAGUCUUUGACUCUUCCACUUCCCAUCUUCUGCAAUCCGAGUCAGAACCACACCCUCCCAAAGACCUCUUCAGCCCCGUCCAUCAAGUAGAAUCAACUGAAACCCAAUUCUUGGAAGAAGACCAGGACGGGGCGGAGGCGGGGCAAGACGCCCUGGAGCUGGAGGGCAGAAUGCAAGUGGAGCAAGGCAAGCAGACGCUGGUGAGGAAGGCACGCCAGUGGAUCAAGGGCGUUGCCAAAAUGGGCGGCACCAGGCGAGAGGACCACUUUCAUGGGAAGCAGACCAUACUGGAGGCCACUGAAGGCACUUGCAGGAAGGAAGUGGACGCUGGGUUACUCCGGGACACCGCCACUGCAGAGGCUACACCUGACUCCGUUCAGGCGGCUCUUUCUGGAAGGGAGCUGAGGGUUCACUACACACCUGAAAGGGGCCACAAAGUUUGUUUUUCAGCUGCUGAGCGUGUGAAGGAAAUCGAGUCAGGCGAAGACUCGAGGGUUGGUCAAGUAAACCGUGGGUUCUGCAGUCCCUGCAGUCCCCACGCCUCGCUCAAGGAAGACUCCAGGGAUCGCUCUCACCCUGAAUACCUCCCGGGUGAUGUUGUCUCCGUCGAGGAUUCCAGACAAGAUCCAGCCCUAGAUAAGGAUACGAAGCAAUGCAUUACUCCGUCAGAAAAUCCCGCGCAGCACGAGGAGGACGAUGACAAGAACAGUCAGCAGUCCGAGCCCGUUGAGGAUUCAAAGAAACAUUCUGCAACAGAUGAGAUGACGUUCUAUAAUGAAAGGAAGAAAGAUUAUGAGGUUGAUAAUGAUUCAUCACCUUACACGAAAACGACGUAUAGCAAGGACAGCCAAAAGCCAAGUCAACUCUCUGUACCCUUGGCAGAGUGUACAAAUCACACCCCGCUCGGUGAGGACAUUAUGUACAACUUUGCGCCUGCCCAAGGUGUGAGAGACCACCCCACAGCCGUUCAGAACUUGGAGGGUUAUUCAGGACGUGAUAGCGGCAAGGAUAUGCAUUCCACACCCACUACAAAGCAUGUUAGUUUCUCUUUCCCCGACGGUCCGGCAUUUUCUACUCACCCUCGGCUUGAAACCGCUCAGGACCGCUACCCAAAAGAUGCUGAACACCAGGAAACUCAACCCAAGCCUGCAGGAUCAGCGAGCUUUUAUGAGGGCUCAAACCUGUACUACACACCGGAGUCAGAAUUCAUCUCGCCAUACUCACCCGUCGAAGGACUUAAAAUUUUCUGCCAGUCCGGUGAGACAGUCCAGGCUCACUACAAGCCUGAGAAGGACUCCCGGACUCACGAGACGCUUGGGAAGGAGAGUAUGACUAAUAUGCCUGCUAGUGAUUUUCAUGCAGAUUACUCACCAGAAAAUGAGGACUUUGAGCAUCACAAACCAUCAGUUCACCCCACGUGUGAGUCAACGGCGACUCACUAUACCAUCAUUGAAGAAUAUAUCGUUAGCUACAGCCCUGCAAGAGAACAGUACAUUAAUCCAUCAACGGAGGGAGAGAGGAUGAAGUGCAUGGCCACCAAUGAAGAAAAGCCACACCAGGACGAACCCACCGAGGAACAUCAAAGGGCUUCUGCAGGACCUCAAGAAGACGAAAAGAGGCAUCCCACGUCUGAGGAAAAGAGAGAAAGUCACUCCACACCUCCAGCACCACAGACAAAUCACAGCACAUUUGAAGGAGACAAAACUAUUUCAUCAACACCCAGAGAAGAGCAGAGAGACUUUCCUACACCUGAAGAGACCCGUAACAGUAGAUCCACCGCUGCAGAUGAACGUACACCUUUCACACUCCAAGAUGACCCAAAGGAACUGCCCUCACUGGCCCCAAAACAACAAUUCAACCCAAUAUUUGUAAACGAAUCAAGUGCAAACGAAGAACUGAUGUAUCCCAGACCUGCUGAGGAGACUUAUACGCUCUCUGAGGCACAGAAGUCUAAUACUACAUACGAAAACCCUCCUGAUUCUGAUAACUAUUUACCUGCACAUGAAUGGAGGUUACCUCAUACACCUGUUGACCUGUACUGCGACAACUCUGCUGGGGAUACGAAGAAAGAAAACACACCUGAUCAAAACACAUCUGACUCGUCUCAUUAUGCACCUGUAGAAGAAGUCCAGACCCAGUCCACACCUGAAGCGGACCGAAGGAUUGCUCAUAGUCCUGAGGGUCACCUGGGGGCUUGCCACACAAGUACAGAUGACCUUGGCGCUCAUUCCACGCCUUCCAAGAGUGACGAAGAGAACAACGAUAAGGAGGAAAAAGAGACGAGGGGAGGAAAAGCUGAAACAGGAAUGAGAAUGGACGAUGAAGGAAACAGUCUGAAUAGGAAAGAGAGGAAAAACAGUCGUAACAGAAGGAGGAGAAAGGAAAGCGAAAGAGAGGGAAAGGAGGACAAUGAGAGGGAGGAAAUCCGAGAGAGUGAGAGGAGGGAAAGAAGUGACAGCAGAGGAAAAGAAAGACAGAGAAGUGGAAGAGACGAAAGGGAUGACAAAUGCAGGGAGAGGAGAGACACUGGUAAGGAGGAGAGGAGAGACGGUGAGACAGAGAGAGAGGUUGGCAGUCACAUGCAAGGAAGGAGGAACAGUGAUAGAAAGGAGAGAAAAGACAGUGACAGAGACGAAGGAUAUGAUGAAAGCAAGAGCAGUGAGGGAAGAAAACGGGAGGAAGGAAACGGGAACAAGGAUGGAAUAAGAGGAGAUGGGGAGGAAAGGAAAGAAGGAGAAAGACGAGGGAGGAGGCCUAGCGAUUAUGAGAGGAAUAGAGAGGAUAACUUGGAGAGAAAAAGAGGAAGCGAGAUGGAGAGAAGACACAGUGACUAUCAGGGAGGAAGAAACGAUCAAGGAGAGAAAGUAGGAAUGAAGGGCAAGGGAGGAGAGGAGAAAAGGGACAAAGAGGAAGAGAACGAAAGUGGAGGAGAGACUGAGAAGGAAUGGAGGAAGAGGGAAGGGAAGACUGAGGAGGAGCAUGAGGAAGGAAGGGACAAUGGUAUGAAGGGAAGGAAUAAAGAGACCGAGGAAAAAAGAAGCAUGGAGAUGGAGAAAGAAGGGGAAAGGGAGAGAAAGGAACCGGAGGAAAGGAAGGAAGAGAUCGAAGAAAAGAGAAACAGGGAGAUGGAAAAAGAAAGGGAAAGGGAGAGAAAGGAACCGGAGGGAAGGAAGGAAGAGAUCGAGGAAAGGAGAAACAGGGAGGUAGAGGAAGAAAGGGAAAGGGAGAGAAAGGAACCGGAGGGAAGGAAGGAAGAGAUCGAGGAAAGAAGAAACAGGGAGGUAGAGGAAGAAAGGGAAAGGGAGAGAAAGGAACCGGAGGGAAGGAAGGAAGAGAUCGAGGAAAGGAGAAACAGGGAGGUAGAGGAAGAAAGGGAGUGGGAGCAAAAGGUACCAGAAAAGAAAGAGAUGGAGGAAAGUAAGAAAGAAGAGACGACAGAAUGCUUAGAAGACAAACAAACACUGGAAAUGACGUCGUCCACUCUCGCCUCGUGUCAUGAGGGUGCAGAAGGAAGCGAAGCCCAAGACAUACACUCCUCCCUUCUGGGCGCUCCCUCAACCAGCAGCAACCCAAGCACUGCAAACCCCAACCCUUUUAACAUGUCAGCCGCCAAGGAGGAUGUCCCUAGAGCCACAGAGCGUGAAUACUCCUUGGAAUCAACCACUCCUGAGACUUGCGCCCCAGAAGCCAAGCUGAUGGGAAGUGCCGAGGAAAGAGUGAUGCAAGAAAGUACGGAAAAGGAGAGAGAAUUUCAGACUUCCUCCCCACAAGACAAGCAGAUGGAGAGUACCGAGGAAAGGGUGACAGAAGAAACCACGAAAAAGAAGAGGGAGUUUAAGCCUCGUCAGAAGCAGGGAAGAAACAAACAGCAGCCCACGAGCCCCACCGCCGUUGACAACCCUGGAAACGCAGCGGCGGACGGUAACCACCCACAAGACGGAAAGAUGGAAGGGAAGAGCGGGAGCAGACGGAGGCGGAACCGACGAAACAAAGGGACAAAUCAGAGGGAACAAGGGACUUCUUCUCCAGCCCCGUCAGACACAAGGGAAUCAUGGACAGCCUCAAAAGCUAAAGGAACAGCAACCCCCUGGAGUGUGGAGGACCAUGUGGAGGGACAAAGCCACAACCCUAGAGAACUGCAUCUCUCACAACAACAGCAAGAACUCACUUCCCCGCGGCAAAGUCUGGACAGCUACGGCUCCUCUGCCAAGCUGACCGUCACACAGAAGGAUGAUGCCACAGCCGACACAAGGGCAUGCAAAAUGUGGGAAAAAAAUCCGACCAACCCGAAAAAGCAGCAAGAAAGAUACGGCAAAUUCCCAGACACUCAGGGAUGUGCACGAGAAAGUAGUCCUCGAAUUUCUAGACUUUCUGAGGAGCAAAAAGCUGCCGGGGCCGGAGAGUAUGCAGUGUUGGAGUCUUUCGGCGCACCAAGUGGCAAGGAAGUUCAGGAGGUCGAGAGAAAAGGAAGAAAAGAGAAAGAAAAGGGAUCAGGAAGAAUCGAAGAAGAAAGAGAAGUGACAGUUCAUGGAGGAUUCCAAAAAGGAGGGGUGGCAAAACAGGCAAAGAACUGGAGCCCCAAGAUCGAAAGGAAAGAUCGUAAAGGAAAUAGGAGAGAAAAGAAAGAAAAGACGUCAGAAAAAUCGGAAGAGACUGUGAAAGAGAGGGAAUUCAAAUCGCCGAGAGAGGGAUUUGGCGGAGUAGCACAGAGAGGAGGAAGUGGUGCCCCCAAGCGACGCCCUCCCCUCCUGGAAACCCCGCCGAUGGAACCUUAUAGUUACAUGACACAGAAAGGUAGAGUAAAGGCGGGUGGAUAUGCCUCGUCUGGAUCACUACUGGGAUCGGAGCCGCUGCCUGGACCUCCUCGCGCCACUGCGAAGCUACGGUACCCUGAGGCACUCCUGCAGCCCCUGUCUCCCCCGCCAUCUCCCCCGCCACACAAAUCCCUUGAAACAAAAUCCAACGAGAAGACAAGAGUUACCUUACAUGAAGAGGAAAGCAACAAGGAGAGUUCCAUACAUCCAGAUCCUUCGCUAAUAGUCAGAAAGACAUCACAGCCCACCAUGUACACAAUACCAGAAGCGGCACCAGCUAAGCCUCCGGAGAAUACCGAGUCCGAGUUGGCCUCAGGUCGGCCACAGUGCCCGCCAAAGCCACUCCAUCUGAAGGACACGUUAGGACGUCCUUUCUCUGACCCGCAAAACCGUUCGUGGCCUGCGUAUCAAGACAAUCAACUGUCUGACUCCCCCUCCAGCCCCAGUUUUCCGCACCCCUCGCCUCACGCCGACCAAUUAACUUCACCCCCACGACCCUUGACUCCAGUGCCUUCAGUAGACAAUGAGUUUUUAAAGGAACAUCAAAAAUCACUCCCUCGCCGUGCUGCUCCUCUCCUCCCGACACCACAACAGCAACAACAAGAAACACAACAACAACAACAACAACAACAACAACAACAACAACAACAACAACAACAACAACAACAAUCAGUGGACCCCCAUAGAGAUACACCGAAUCCAAAGCCACCUCUGAAGCCGAAGCCAAGUCUUUCAGAACUUGACCCACUGCAGAAAACAACACGGGACAGGGACCCAACACUGGAAAAAUCGAAGGUUUCGGGGAACGAGGAGGCCAGGCCAAUCAGCUCAGCAGGCAAAGUCAGUGUGGCUCAGAGGAUGAAGUUCCCUGGAGCACCACCUGCGGCUUUAGAGGCUCACCCAGAUUCGAGUAGGAGGACCCAAGCGUCCCACAAACCAGAAAUGUUAGAAGCAAGGUCGACACCGGCAGGCAAACACCCAGCAGCAACAGGUGAAGGGAGCACCGCCGCACCUUCCCUGCCACGCAAGACAGCUGGGGCGUCUUCACAUUCGCCUUCGUACACGGCUCUUGGCUCUUCACCUCACACUGAGAGGUCAGAGCCUAGUUCUCUUCGAACCUCUGAGGGGCAAGUUCAGAAACCAUAUUCGUCUCCACGACAGCAACGUUCAAAUAUGGAUAAAGCCUCUGCACCAGAACUUCCCAAGGAUGCCAAGCCAGGAGGCAGAUAUGCUGAUGUGGCAAACAAAGGUCAACAAAAAGGAGGACAUCAAGAGCCACAGACAAGCCCACCCGUAGGGGGGGACCAAGGCACCAGCUCUGCCAGCGCCUCCGAGGAGCAGACGCAGAAGGGGCAGAGCAGCGAUCCACCAAAAGAGGGAACGGUGCCCGGCCCUCGUGAGGCUGCCAAGGGGAUGAAAAAGAAGAAGAGACGCUAACUGACUUCACUGUAGACAAAAGUAUCCAGGAUGUAACGUUGUCAACAAGAACUACGUGUCUGAUACUGUUCGUAGAAGUUCACUAUACUGAUACCACAACCACCACCACCACCACUACUACUACUACUACUACUAUUAUUAUUACUACUACUACUACUACUACUACUACUACUACUACUACUGCUACUACUAUUACUACUACCACUACCGCUUCUACUACUACUGCUGCUACCACUACUACUACAAACACUGAUGAUGAUAAUGAUGAAAAAAUUAUUUUUUGUUGGUGUUGUUGCUGAUGAUGGUAGUAGUAGUAGUAGUAGUAGUAGUUGUUGUAGUUGUAGUAGUAGUAGUAGUAAAGAUAAUAUAGAACGCUGCCUAAAUGUACUUGUUAUUCCGGUUUACGAAAGGUAUCAAGUUACAAUAAACUGAUUGAGAACAAGAAUAGCAAUAUCAGAUUUACCAUAUAUGAAACACAUUUAUAACAAAGGCGUUGAAAUAGUCAGCUUUGAAGGCAUGCAUAUAUUUGGCUUUAUUUCAUUGUAUUCUUUUUUUCAUAUUAUGCUUCACCGCUUCUGCACUUCAGGAUAACUCGUGCAAGGAUUACGAUACACGAUUGUUUGCUCGUAUCAACCACGACACACGCUUCACGCGAAAGUUGUAUUUCGCGAUACACAGCACGGUAUCGACCAUUCCAUGUGUUUGACGGAGUCUUGUAUACCACUAAGAGUUCGAUUGUUUUCGUCUCAGAUUCCUCUACAGAUGACAGUUUCGUGGAUUGAGAAAAAAAAAAUAUAUACAUAAGUGUUUCAUUCAUUGUUCUUCCCUCUCAUUUUUUUUUUCUUUCCUGCGGUAUGAGCUCUUUUGAGAUGGAUAAAUUGAACUGUCUUUUGGUGUUACCUAAGACUCCUUUAUGUUUUGGGGCAUUUUUAAGGACCAUUUAGAGAGCAAUUCCUUGUUUGUGUGAGUUUCCGACAAGACUGCAGCUUUUUGCCUCCAUGGAAAUUUAGGGAAUAUGAAACAAUGACAACUCGUACUCCACAGCCGUUUUUUGUAUAUUCCAAAAUAAAUUUCCGAUGCAAAAUAGGGAAAAAGUAAAACUGAUUGAUCUAAUUAUCCGAGCGGUGGUGAGUGAGCGGAAUCGGGACCCAUUAAAAUCCCCCCUCAAGUCUGUAAACCUCCUCUGGUGCAAUAUAGAUAGAUAUAUAGAUAAAUGGACAUAAAUAGAUAGACAGGUUGAAAGGCGGAUAGAUAGAUUGAUUGAUUGAUUGAUUGUGGGGGAAGGUACUGUUCCUCUUCGGGGAGUGGGUCAUGACUAGUUUCGGACGUGUGCUUUGAAGCCGAGCAGGAGUACCGAAACGAGAUUCAGCCAGACGCUCACCCGCUCAGUCUGAGGCGCACCAGGAAGAGAAGUGGACGAGUGUUGAGCUGCGGUGUGAGCGGAGGACGCGUAACACGGAGCGGUGUCGGCGAGCGUUUCAUGAUGUAGGAGUGUGAGGAACUGAUGAAAGCGGAUUUGUGCAAGACACGCAAUUGCAUCGCCAGUAUGAAGUGCACAAAGGGCUUAAGGAUUUGCACCGGCCAGGAAUAUCCAUAAAGGGGUGUGAUGUGGUGCAAUGCAGGCUGCCAGGUGUUGUGCCCCUCUGUGGUCUAUGCUAGCCAUCUGAACCAAGCUACUUCUCUGGAGGCCGUGCGCAUCCAGGCAACUUUCAGGAGCAGUCUGUUUCAUUCUGUUGGGGGAAGAGACUUGAUUUAUCAUGUAAUGUAACACCACUGAGUGCCAGGGAUUAAACCUGGGGCUUCUGAGUAGAACUGGGCAGCAAACCAAUGGAGUCACUGAUGAGCUAAAAGGUCACUGCGCCAGAGCCCAUUUCCGCAGAACUAUACCUGACAUCCAAGCCCUGCACUGCAGACAUAAAGCAAAGGUGAUCCUACUUACACUUAGGGCAGCUGGAGAUGCUUUUAAUCAACCUGCAAUGGCACCUACGGUGCAUAUUUACAAUAGAAAAACUGCAAUAAUGCAGAGAAUAAGUCCCAUAAUGUAACACCAUUGUGUACCAGGGAUCGAACCCAUGACUUCUGAGCAGGUGAUACAUUACAAGGUUUUUCCACAGCAUUAUUGCAGUUUCUCUACCGUAUAUAUACAUGGUAUCUGCCACUGUGGGUUGAUUAUCAGUGUCUCCAGCAACCACGAGUGUGAGAGGGGUCACUUGUCCUUCAAGCCCACAAUGCAGGGCUCAGGUAGUGCUGCAGAAGUGACCUCUCGCAUGAUGACCUUUUAGCUCAUCAGCAGCUCAGUUGGUUUGCUGUCCUGACUUUCAAGUAGAAGGCAUAGGUUCGAUCCCCAGCAGUAAGUGUUUUUUUAAUUUGCAGAAUCUUUGUGAAGAGUUAUUGCACUUCCUUCAAUGAUUUAGUCACCGAGAAAAAAGGUUUAGAUUUCCUGCCUUGCAUUAUAUACUACUGAUUGUUUGAUGUAUAGACAUUGAAGGAACUUUUAAACUAUGUACUAUGAUUAAAGAUAUGUCAAGGGA